UGUGGAUGGUUAGGGUGAUACGUGGAGACCAGGUCGGAGUGUGGCGAUGUGAGGAGAGAGAGGGAUAGAGAGGGAGUCAGCGGAGCAGGCCAGUGUGACUUUGUUGGUGUUGGUAGAUAAUUAGGGUUAGUUUUGAGUAUUUUUGAAUUCCGGGAAUGUGUGUGUAGGUUAAGGUUCUGUGGGAAUUUCUCGUGGUGCAGAAGGUGGCGAGUGGUAGGAAUGAGGGUUUGAAUCUUUGGUGGAGAUCUUCAUAGGAUGCGCAUGCAAGUGUGCGAUUCGUGGUGUUCGCACCGACUUCUGAUAAAUGGCCCUGACUGUCGGGUAGCGUUGGUUGUGAAAUUUGAGGAGGUUUUUGUUUGGAGUGCAAGAUUUAGAUUCGGGAUGUGUAGCGUCCGAAGACUCUAUGAUUCCCGUGGGUGGUGGUAGGAGAUGUAGUUGUUCGAUAUGAGGGGUGUGAAGUUGCUGUAGUGUGUUGGCCGUGUGCAACCGAGGGUAGGGAUGAGAUUCUGCGCUGCGAGGAUGCUGUAACGUUUCAGUGGAGACGAAGUAGGGAGGAUGAUAGAGGAAAGAGGCAGUUCUCGUGGUAGCCGUGAGGAUCGGGGCAGUUCAAGGGGCAGUUCAAGGGGUAGUUUCGAAGACAAAGGAAGUUCUCAUGACUGGAAGGGAAUGGGAGGAUCUACGCCGAGGCCGCGGCUCACGCGUCUCGUUGCGAAGAAGGAUCGGAAUUAUGAUGCGAAAGUGGAUUCCGAUUUUGAUGAUGAUAGUUCAGUCCAUUCUACUUCCUCUCCUCGUCUUUCACCCGCGUCUAGUGAUAACUUAAGCAAGAUCACUAUUGGACAACAGAGCUUUCGAGUGGGAGGCGACGUAGACAAUUUGAAAGCUCUGUACGAGGCCCUGGGUGCGACGAGUCCUGCGGCACUAGGUAUUGAAGCCUCAGAUUGGGAGUCUCGUCGAAAGUCCGCUGUUUACAGCCGACCAACUUCUCCCCCCAGAGUGUCACAUGAUACUGGUCAGUCUUCUUACUCCCACGACUUCCAGUUUCCGGCAAGUAGGGUCGAUUCUAGUCUCGAAUCGCCCCCUCUUUCGCCUCGCGGACUUGCCCCGAUGUCUCCCGUUAGACCCAUUGAGGUGGAAUGGAGGAAGCAUCGGAACAAUUAUGCCAAGCCUACUAUAUCGAAUCGCCCUGGUCGUGAGAAUAAUCCCCUGAAGCCCUCGCAGCCACCUCCGACCAUGUUUCCUCAGUCUUCUGGAUUAAGGACGCCUGACCCCUUACCACCCAUUGACACCUCGACUUCUCGAUUGGGUAGGGAAAGCUUAGAGUUGCAGAAUAGGCAUACUACGUUGGGAGCCUAUUCUCCGCCGGGCCUAAGGAAAGUCCAUUCAGAACUUACAGGAUUGGUCUCAGCUCGUAGCGACGGGGCCGGUUGGGCAUCUGAUAUUGAGUCGGCCAAACGAAAUGAGGAUUUAGCUGUAGCAAGUCCGGUCUUUCGUGAUAAUUUGCCUUCAGCUGCAGUAGCAAUGCCCAACGGCAGUCUAGUUCGGGCUUCCUUCACUCCGAGAGAUUCCAACCGGAUGAACAGUGUUAGAAGUAAUAGUCAUGGACUUCGAUGGAACUCCUGUCAUGCACAAGAAGCGGAGGCUAUCGCGAAAACUGCUUUAGAAGAGACUUCUAAUGGGCUACGAAUAGAGGAUCCUGAAAGAAUAAGAGAUCUGGAAAAGCCUUCACCAUUGAUCAUUGAAAAGGUUGAUGAACCUCUGAGUGAGGUUUCUAGUAGCGUCAGUACAGAAUCAUCACCUAGUGUUAUUCCAAAAAGACCCCCCUGGGACACCUGGGCUAAAGGUGAAUUUCUCGGAAGUGGAACAUUUGGUUCAGUGUAUGAGGGUGUGGCAAGAAAUGGAACGUUUUUUGCUGUGAAGGAAGUUAAUCUUGCAGAUGAAGGAAAGCUUGGAAGACAGGCCGUCAAGCAACUGGAACGGGAGAUAGCACUUCUUAGCGAUAUCCAGCAUCCCAACAUUGUUCAGUACCUGGGCACUGAAAGAACAGAGGACAAACUCUACAUUUUUCUGGAACUGUUAAACAAGGGUUCAUUGGCCAAUCUCUACAGGAAAUACGGAUUAUUUUAUGAACAAAUUAAAGCGUAUACAGAGCAGAUUCUUACCGGCCUCAAGUACCUUCAUGACCGGAAGAUCAUACAUAGAGAUAUUAAGUGCGCCAAUAUUCUCGUAGAUACAAAUGGAGUGGUUAAGCUGGCCGACUUUGGGAUGGCUAAACAGGUAGAAAAAUUUGGAUUCGCGAAGUCAUUCGUGGGCAGUGCUCACUGGAUGGCUCCGGAAGUGGUCGAUCCGAAGCAGCAGUAUAAUUUCGCCGCUGAUAUAUGGAGUCUGGGUUGUACGGUGUUGGAGAUGGCAACCGAAGGUCCGCCUUUCGGAGAGUUAGAGUUCAUCGCCGUAUUUUGGAAAAUAGGGAGGGGAGAGGCUCCACUUAUUCCGGACGACCUUGAGGAUGAAUUGAAGGAUUUCAUUGCCCAGUGUUUGCAAGUAGAUGCCUCAAAACGACCCACUUGCGACAUGCUUCUGGCACACCCCUUCAUUACUGGUGAAGAGAUGACCGGUCCAGUGACUCAAAUGGGAACACCUGGGCUGUCUACAAUUUCUGAGGAAAGGUCUGUUGAUAUGUCAGUUACUUCGAGCAUUGCAGUAAGUUCGAAUUCAGGAACCUCUCCGAGAGUGAUCGAGAAUCUGGUUAAUCACCUUUCAAUUGAAAGACGGCCAAAAUCCAUGAGAACUUUGCGAAGCGAGUUAAGCAUGAGUUCUGCAGAAAGUAUCGCAUCGUGAUUGAGAAGAAAAAUUGUAUCUUUAGGCUGCCCACAACUUUCCCCUAUUGGAAGUCGCGGGUAGAAUUCGAGGAUGAAAAUGUAACAAAAUUUGAAGUGAAUUACGGCUAUGAACAAUUCUCUGUGGAUUGGUGGUUUUGAUAGGAUAAUCCUGAGUAGAACUAUUCCUUACAGGAGCUGUGUGGAUAAUUUUUUAAAUGGGAUGCAGAAGACGUAUAGUUUGGUGCAAGGAAACCAUAGUACAUUGAUAAUACGGAGAGGUGCUGCUAGGUAUUGUGGUUGAAACAUCUGACUAUGUAGGACACACCUUUUGGCACUGGACUUGUCAGCCUUACGUUUCCCUCUUAGAUUAUGACACUGAGAUGCGAACAAUAUCUCUGCUGGUAUUCAAAGCAAGCAACCGGUUUAGAAGUAGGUUUGAUGUUGGAAAUGGUGCUCAAAGUGGUGUCAUGUUGCUUGUCGUUCAUUUUUAGACUUACGCAGGGAAUCAGGAAGCUGAUUGCGAGAAUAGCUAGUUCAGUAUUGGAUGUCCGCGCGAGCUUGAUAAAGUCUUCCUUUGCGGCUAUGCAGUGGCCAUACUACCUGCUGGUGGCCGUACAGUGGAAUGCCGUAUGUGUUGUAUUUUGAAAGCUCUUGUCGGAAACCAGCAGUAUUAUACGGGGCACUCUGUUGUGCUGAAAACCUGUGUGCUUAUAGGAGGAGAAGAUGGCCACGGAGUACGAAUGACAAAAUGAGAUGCUUGUUGCAAUAGUUCUAUUUGGGGGGGAGGGGGGUGUGCGCAUACAGAAAGAAGUUUCUCCCAAUGUCGACGAUUCCUAUCAGGAAGUACAGAGUUCGUUGAUUGUUGCUUGGAAAUGGGAACGUUCAGCCUGAGUCCAGUUGGAUCAGCACAGAGUGAUACACUGGGUGUACCUAGAGGCUGAACGGAGAUCCUUCUAAAUACAGGACAAGAGCCUUCAGCAAGAAAACAUGAAGCUGCAUAAGAACUUUAGUUGACAACGUACGGAAGCUGAAAUGGAGUGACUUCAAUGGUGAUACGUAAUCUAAUCGGGAUUGCAGACCUCUUCGCAGGUGCAACUAAGUGAAAACACUGAAAAUGAAGAGGCCAUUGUUCUCAACAAUCAGCGUGAUUGAAACUCUGAAUAUGAUCAGGAGUGAACUUAGCUACUAAACUUUACCAAUGUGCUUUCCUAUCAGCUAGAAUCUCUUGUACAUUAAGUCUGAUAUAUGCAAUUGUUUCAAAUACCCGUUCAUAGCUUAUCUCUUUAUUGCAUAGGCUUCAUUCAAGCUUACGCAGAGUGCACUGUACAUGUUGAAAAUCUAUAUUUAAUUCGGGAUACAUCUGCUGAAAUUGGUUCCA